ACAUAUACCGGGUAGAUAUACAUUUCACGACGUUCAUCUACAUUCUCCGAAGAAAUGAAAUAGUAUCUCUGUAUUUGACAUCCGCUAACUAAUGUCAGUUUAUAGAUACUUGACUGGAAAUAUACUUAUGUAUUUAACCUGUGUGUUACGUAAGGUUACAAUUCAUAAGGCAUGCUGCUUGGCAUUAGUGUGGUAAUAUAUGUGCAGUAUCUGAUUGACUGGAAGCCUGGUCAAUGUGAUGGGGCCAGACAUUGCUCCGGGUCCUAAUGUUCCCUGGCGGAAGGUUCUGUGGGAACGCCAGCCGUUCCCUGAUAACUAUGUGGAUGAACGCUUCCUGGAGGAGCUCCGAAGGAAUGAGGGAAUCCGGCAGUACCGCUACUGGGCUGUGGUGAAGGAAGCCGUUCUGGUCGGCCAGCAGUUGUCCUGUGUGGCCAUUUUCAUCACUUUCUGGCUCUACAUGGAACAGGGUCUGCUCUCCCCAGAAGUUCUUCUGUGGACCAGUCUGAUAGUUGGCGUACUGGGCUAUGGAUUACACAACGCACUGAGGCCGCAGCUGGGCACAGACCGCGAGCCCCGCACGCACCUGGCAGACCUGCAGAGUGCCGCCAUUUUCCUUUCUUUCACCUUUGGCUUUUCGCCAGUUCUGAAGACGCUGACGGAGUCUGUGAGCACUGACACGGUGUACGCCAUGUCUGCAUUGAUGCUUCUGGCCCACCUGGUGUCGUUCCCGUACGCCCACCCCUCACCCACUGGCAGCCUAUCCCUUAAUGCGGCGCUGUUUGCCUCUGUGUGUUUGGCGUCGCGGCUCCCAGGGGCCCUGCACACCUUUGCCAUGCUCAGCUGUGCCCUGUUGAUGUUUGCCCUGUGGCCCUGCCUGUUGCAGAGCAUCAGGGACCAUGCCAUCGGGCCGUCCGCAUGGCUGUGCGUCGCAGUGUGUCUUGGAGGGGUGGGGGGCCUGGGGUCCAGGUGGCUGGGGGGGGCUGUACUCCUGGCCCUUGCCCUUGUGAGUGUCAUCCUGCUCUGUCCUUUACUGCUGGUCAAGCUGCAGAGACACAAAGACAACAUCCAGGGACCGUGGGAUGAGGCUGAGAUCCAUGAGGACCUCUGUAAAGUCCCAUACUGAGGUGCAUAGGGUGAGCGCCCAACAUGAUGAUAAGGCAGUCAUAUGCAGAGGGACCGGCAGCCUAUGUUGCUCUCCUGUCAACACCAAAGAUAAUGGGUAAAACUUGAGGGAAUGUUGCUACAGUUUUAAAUUGUUUGUGUGCGAUUGAUGUGCUUCUCGGCCUAAAAUUACAAAAGCUACUUCUUUAUACUAUGAUAAAUCUCAUGGUUGUUUUAUUUAUACUUUUUUCUAUUUUAUCGUAGCCCCUACUAUUUAAUAAGUGGGAAAAAAAGGGUCUUGAAUUCCACUGAAAAUAUGGUUAAUGUUUAACUGUUUUUCCAAGUAUUUCCAAAUAAAAAUGUAUUGCGCAUAGAUGAACAUGACAUUUGUGACUGCUGUCUGUGAUCCAGUUGCACAGUGUAGUAGCGGAAAAAGCCACUAGAUGUCCUAACUUAACCACUAGAUGUCCUAACUUAACAGGUUAAGACUUUUCGUUUUCCUGUGGUAUGAAUAAUUUUGUUAUUCUAAAUUAAUUACAUAUUGCUUCUCCAAGCAAUGUGAGCUGGAACAAUAUAUAUCAAUACCUCUGUGUGACUACAUUCCUAGGUGAUAGACACGAUGUAUAUGUUUUCUACAGUUUCUGGUGCACCAAGUUUCUCUGGAAUUCAAAGAGUGAAGACAACGGGGACUGCCAUACAUGUUUACCAUGUCUUUCCCAACCGAUUCUGACUUAGAAAUUAUGCAUAUUAAUAAAACGUAUGUACUUAAGUAUUUUGCUGAAUGGUUGCUCUUAAAAUAAAGUAUACGUUUUCCCCUGGUAAAUGUAUCCAAUUGUAUAUAUUCACCUUUGUCAUAGCAGAUUGAGCAAUUUUACACAUUUUUGUUGACGGAGCUCAGGCAAAUUAGAGAUUUCCGGAGACAAAGCCAGAGUACAACCUUUCUGGACAAAGAUUUUUAUGUGCAACACAGGUCCAAACGCAGACAUGAAGUUUUCUGGGGGAGGAAUAAUUUGGCACACUACUAUACUGCUGGAUUACACAUUGUGCACCUCAUUGACAUCUCUCAGCCUGAAUGAUUGUUGGUGUAUAUGGGAAAUGUAGUUAUCGAUAGAAAAGCAUAAUCUGAAAUAACAGGAAACUGGAUGCUGCAUCCUGAAAUAGUUGAAUGUGUUGUAUGUGUAAUUUUUUUCACUAAAUUGAAACUUGCCGUCAAGUUUAGGCCAAUGAACAAAUAUACUUGAUAUUAUAAUGCUACAUAUAAAAGCAUGCUUUAACAACUAAAU